CCCCUCAACUGUCCAAUACCGUCCCCAUAAAUGCUGUUUUCACGCCAUCAUCACCACCACCACCACCACCCCACUUAUAUAUUGCUCCCCCACAAACACUUUCAUCUCUCCUCAUCACAUUUACCAACUACUCCUUCAUCUUGUUUACCAACUGAUCUACACAAUGAAACCCAUAACUACCGUUCUCUUAGCCAUUUUGCUCGUCACAGCUUCUGUCUCUCUAGGGGCCCGACCGGGAUCCGACGGGUCCUUUUCAGCGGAGCUCAAGCACUCCAAGGGCAAAGCCAAGGACGACAAAGGUGGUGGAAACGAUGGUGGCGUGGGCGGGUUCUUUGGGCCCGGAGGCGGGUUCGGCAUACCCGGGUUAGGGAAAGGUUGGAGCGGGGGAAACGGUGUGGGAGGCGGGUACGGAUUCGGGGCUGGAGGUCCUAAUGGAGGCUACGCUAAGGGUGGUGUCACAAGGCCUACUGUGGUGUGCAACGAAAAGGGUCCAUGUUACAACAAGAAGCUCACAUGUCCGGCCAAGUGCUUCACUUCCUACAGCCACUCCGGGAAGGGAUAUGGCGGCGGAGGCGGCGGCGGAGGGUGCACCAUGGAUUGCAAGAAGAAAUGCAUUGCUUAUUGCUAGAUGGGUAAUUACUAAGCAGCCAGUUUGCCGGUGUUUCUAGUUUCUUUCUAGCUAUGACUAAGGGCCUAUUAUAUAUGAUCAGAAGUUGUAUAAGUAUGAAACGACGUACUUUUAUAUAUAGCUUAUAUUAUAUAUAUAUAUAUAUAUCUAUGCUUUUGUC